CGUAAUUCUAAUCCACCACCCGACCAGAGCAGAUACAAUACAGUGCAUCUCGGCUGGUUUCAUUUUGACGGAAAACUCUUCAAAUACAAAACGUAUUAUCUGUCUUAACGAUUUUUGAGUUGGUAGAAAGAUACGAUGCAUACAUAUGUAACGUAAUUGAUUAGUACCGCUGGAUCCAUUAAUAAUACUUCAUCAAGGAAAGAAAGAGCUGUUUGAAUUGGGUUAGGUUAAGUUAGCAAUUCUUAAAAUUUGUAUUUACUGAAUUCGUAUCGCACAAGUGGAAAAAUGGAGGCAAAUCUACCACCCCCAUCAAAAAUACGGAUUGGAGAGUAUUCCCUUACCGAGGAAGGGCAUGAAUCUGUCGAACCCCACGUACAUUUUUCAUAGCGGGGAAGGGUUGCUGUCAUCUCCGUCUUGUACUGGGUACGUGAAUAAAUUCCUACAUAUUUAGAUAAGUUCUUAUCAUGGAAACUCUAAUUAACCGGGUGACAGAAAAAUUUUUCCCCGGCACUAUGUGACUCUACCGUGGGUAAUAACAUUUACAAAAAUAAUUGACCAACGUUUCAGCAACAAGUUAUAUGUAAGCCGAGCCGGUGACAUUUUUGUUACCAGAGCAUUUAAAAUCAGGACCAGAUAGGAUUUUGCCUCCGUAUUUAUGUUACCUCAAAGUGAUAAUUUCAUAUCACCAAAACGUGUGUUUAUAUUUUUUCAGUUUAUAAUAAUCCUCAUCCCAGCUUCGUUCAUAUUUUCCGCCGCAUACGUCGUAGUUGCAAAAGAUUUCGACAUAAAUGCUGCCACACCUUCUGAUUCUGUUUCUCAAGAUUAUGAUGAAUUCGACACUGUGACUCCAUCAUUCUCCACCGGGGACGAAAUUAACCCAUCAAGAUCUUCAUGGCUGACCCAAUUUGAGCAAGAAUAUUUCGGAUUUUUCUUCAUAUUAUGCGGACCUAAAUCCGGUGCUAGCAGCGACAUGAAACUAUUCCGGUUUACGGCUGGGUAUUUCGCCCUGAUUUACUUAAUCAUGCAGUGUAUCCUGGGCGGGAAACUUAUGCAAGGAGAAAGAGACUUACAUUACUGGAAACUUCAGGCUUGGUGGGAAGGUCAGGUGGGGAUUUUUUUGGUGUCCGUUUAUCUAAAUGUGUGCAUCUUGGGACAACAAGACGACAGCGUAGUGACCCUCGCCUUCUCCCGCCGACUUUCUACCGCCCUCACGGCCCUGACCUUGUUCACAUAUAUUUCCUACUUUGUCAUGAUUUGGACCGUGUAUCAAUUCACGAAGGAGCUCAAGUUGAAGGGGAUAGUGUAUCCGGACCCUGAUAAGGACGGGAAGAAGGAAAAGUUGGAAAAAUCCAAGGACGGGUCCCAGUUUACGAAGGAUUUACAAGCGAUUCUGGACUGGUUGAAGAAUGCCCAGCUCAAUAAUAACGGGUUACAUCCUGCUGUAUUGAGAUGCAAUGUGAUGGCAACAUAUUUGGUGGAAAAAAUGGUUAAAUUUGGGAACAAAAUGGAUGAAUCCCUGCCACAUGAGCAUUAGGUGUGCAUAUGCAUGUGGUCAGGCUCUGCAAUUUAACGCCAUAAGCAAAACGAUAAUGAUGAAACACUUCAUACACCUUGCUGGAUAAUCGUACACAAAAUUUAAUUUUGCAUUAAUUACAUUUACACAAAUCAUCAUUCUUAGAUAAGUCUGUUCUGUAAUUAAAUAUUUUUAAUUCCUGAAAAAUUCAGAUUAGGUUACCUAAUCUGAAAUAAAUUGUAUGCGGGGCAAUACAAAUUUUAGAAUAAAUAUUGGGAAUUCUAAUGGACAUUUUACAAUUGCA